AUGUCACGCACUGACACAAGUGAGAAGAGAAAAGAAGAUUUUAUAUAUGUGAGUUUGAAUAUAUACCUAUGCGUACGUUUAUAUAUAAUGCAUUUGAUUUCUUCGAACACGCCAAAAAGUCAUUGUUCAGUCAGAUUUCUGUGUUUCUUCCUUUCAGCACUAGCAAUUACCUCAAAUCGAAAUUUCUUUAGACCUGAAAAAAUGCCAACAAGAAUAUUCUGUAAUGACACAUUGAUGGUAUCGCCCAAAACUGAAAAAUUUCUGGAACGGUUUACCAACCAAAAAUUGGCUAAGCUGGAGGUGAGGUAG